CAUUGCAAGAAUCCGUGGGCCGACGUUCGAAAUGAGAUGCAGAACGAGCGUUCCGAAAGCAACAUGCCUAUGUUUCCUGUCCGAAGAAAACACAAUAGCAGUUGCGGUGAAAAUAGACGUCACUGAAAUGAGGUCACUCCUGUUAGGGAAUUGGUGGAGAAGAUUCGGUCGAAAAGGCCAAGCAGGGAGUGACAAGGCGAAGGGUCCCACUCCCAGUCAAGAGCUCUAAGCGCGUUUUUCUCUUCUCCCCCGUUCCUUGUGGCGACCUCCAAUUGGCGGCGACACACGGCGCAGGGAAGACCGAGCUUCAUUUGUAAUUGUCUAAACUGCGAUCGCCAGGCCGAAAACUCCAACCUUUUGGCAGAUCACUGAUUUUGGUCCCCUAAAUUUUCCUUCGUGGUGUUCUUGACGUAAUUUGUUAACUGGGCUCUGGCAAUUUUGUUGCCGGCAGCGUUACUGUCCAUCCAUAUCCGUUGAGGUUUGUGGGUUGUAGUAGGGAGGAGGGAGGAGGGUGGUUCCCUGGCAGUGAUGUCAGGAGGUCAAAUCUCGGUGGUGUUGGGGCUUCUUAGUGAGGUAGGGAGAGGAGCAAAUGGAAUAACGGGGGAGAGCAGCAGGCGUUUCCAAGAUUAUGUGAAGAGAGCGGAAGUGAUAUUGAAGGCGGUAGACAAGGUUUUCAUGUCACAGCAGCCUCCGCCAGUGCAGACUGCCUUAAGAGGCAUUGCUGCUGACUUGUCUCGAGUUCAGACCACCAUUGAUCUUUAUAAGAACAAGAGUAAGAUUUAUUUGCUCAUCAAUUGCAGAAGUCUCACAAAAACAUUUCAGGAGAUCACAAACAGUAUUGGUAAUUGGUUAGCACUGCUGGAUUUUGGCUUGCAAGCUACUAAUGAUUUGCAAAAAAAAUGCGAUGCCCUGUCGCGUGAGAUGCAGCAAGCUCAAUUUGCGGUCACAGAAAAUGAGGAGCGCGUUUGUUGCACUCUGGAAAAGGAGGCCCAAGGCAGGCAAACUACCAAAGCAGUGCAAAACGCCAUUAUGAUGGAUAUAGCACGAGCGUUGGGAAUGGAUCCAGAAAGAAACCGAACUGAGCUUUGUGAACAGAUUCAACUUUUGAAGAAUGAUCUUGGGGAUUCCAAUGGUGAGAAUGAUAUUCAUAUUUUAGAGUCACUAGAAAGAAUCUUUGAUAAUUGGGCCAUCGAACCAGAGGUUAUAUCCAGGCCUAUUGAUUCAGAUGCGGAAGAGGAUGCCCCGAUACCACCAUUCAAGACCUUUCUCUGUCCUCUGACAAGGGAAGUGAUGAAAGAUCCUGUAGUUCUUGAAUCCUCUCAGACAUAUGAGCGUAGUGCUAUACAACAUUGGUUUGCUCAUUGUAGAGAGCAAGGUCGUAAACCAACAUGCCCAGUAACAGGACAGGUCCUUAAAUCUAUUGAGCUACGCCUGAAUAUAGGUCUAUCUGGGACUAUUCAAGAAUGGAUAGAAAGGAAUGUUGAUAUUCGCAUCAAAACUGCAAUUCAGCACCUGGGAAACAGUUCCUCUUUAGAGGACAGUGAACGGGCCCUGGAUGAUAUCUAUAAAAUAUCUGAAGAAUAUCCGUUGAGCAGAUAUAAAUUGCGAAUGUCUGGGUUGAUUCCUCUCAUUGCGGGAACAAUUCAGCGCCCGAUGAAGGGUGCUGGUUCUCAAUUACGAAGCAAAGUAUUGAUGACCUUACUGAGCUUGGCUGGAGAUGAUGACAGCAAGAGAAUAAUGGUUGAAUCUGGUGUUAGCAAACUUGCCAUAAAGUCUCUAAAUGGAAACUUGGAAAAGGAAAAAGAAUAUGCAGUGAAGUUACUGCUUGAAUUUUGUCACGAGAGGGAGUUCUGCACUAGAAUAGCUUCAGAGAAGGGUUCAGUGCUGCUUCUUAGUGGAAUGGCUGGCAAUGCAGAGAAUCCAACUUUAUCUAAUCUGGCUGAAGAAACACUAAGAAGAAUGGAAGAGAUGGAGGAGAAUGUUCAGCAGUUAGCCGCUGCAGGAAGGUUUCAACCAUUUCUGACUCAUCUUUGUGAAGGUACAUGGUCAAAUUCAGUCGUUUCUUGGCUUCUUGUUUCACUAUUCUGA